UUAUAGUGGUUGCCUCUAAGAAGGGCUGGAAGCUUGGAACAUUCUUGCUGUCCUAGAGUGGAGGAGGUCUGGGAGAUCUUGGAGGAGAAGGGAAGGACCGGCAGACUGGGGGCGUGUGUUCCUCCAGGGUUUUCUUUUACUCGUUAGCCCUUGCACGCGCGCGCGCGCGCACACACAAGUCAUCCCUGUGGGCUGGCGAUUGUGGACUGGACGUGGAGAGGCUCCAUCCCAGCUGGUGGCCGGAGGCUGGCUGCGGAGGCAGGCUGCCGGGGAGACCUUCCCACAGAAUUGGUUCCCAGGAAGUUUUGCGAAGUAGAUGCAACAGUGCAGCGCAGGAGCCCGGGACUCACGCCACCCACUCUCGCCGACUCCGCUUCCUCUGUCCCUGCGUCCAGGCACCGUGCGCGGACCAGGCAACGGUCUGUGCUCGCCUAGCUCCACGGUGGAGAAAAAGCGAGUGUGUGAAGGCAGCACAGUAAGAGGCAUUUCCUCAAAUCUUCAUCAAGAUGAAAACUUUUUGCUUCAGGGUGUCCUUUUGGGUGGCGAUGGUCGGGUGUGUGAUUAGUGAUAAUCCCGAGAGCUACAAUGCAAAUCUAAGCACUCGCGUGGAAGAUUUUACCACGUUCCAUGGGACAGAGCUCAGCUUCCCAGUUACCACUCAUCGACCCUCUAAGCUGGCCCUACCCAGCAAUGGCUCGUUGCACGGCUACUGCCCACAGCAGACGAAGAUUACUUCAGCUUUCAAGUACAUCAACACCGUGAUAUCUUGUACUAUUUUCAUCGUGGGAAUGGUGGGGAAUGCAACUCUGCUCAGGAUCAUUUACCAGAACAAGUGUAUGAGGAAUGGCCCCAACGCGCUGAUAGCCAGCCUUGCCCUCGGAGACCUUAUCUAUGUGGUCAUUGAUCUCCCCAUCAAUGUAUUUAAGCUGCUGGCUGGGCGCUGGCCUUUUGAUCACAAUGACUUUGGCACGUUUCUGUGCAAGCUGUUCCCCUUUUUGCAGAAGUCCUCAGUGGGGAUCACCGUCCUCAACCUCUGUGCUCUCAGCGUUGACAGGUACAGAGCCGUUGCCUCCUGGAGCCGCGUCCAGGGGAUCGGGAUUCCCUUGGUCACUGCCAUUGAGAUCGUCUCCAUCUGGAUCCUCUCCUUCAUCCUGGCCAUCCCUGAAGCCAUCGGCUUCGUCAUGGUGCCCUUUGAAUACAGGGGUGAGCAGCACAAAACCUGUAUGCUCAACGCCACGUCGAAGUUCAUGCAGUUCUACCAAGAUGUGAAGGACUGGUGGCUCUUCGGCUUCUAUUUCUGCAUGCCCCUGGUGUGCACUGCGAUCUUCUACACCCUCAUGACUUGUGAGAUGCUAAACAGGAGGAAUGGCAGCCUGAGAAUUGCCCUCAGUGAACAUCUUAAACAGCGUCGAGAAGUGGCAAAAACAGUUUUCUGCUUGGUUGUAAUUUUUGCGCUUUGCUGGUUCCCUCUUCAUUUAAGCCGUAUUUUGAAGAAAACCGUGUAUAAUGCGAUGGACAAGAACCGAUGUGAAUUACUUAGUUUCUUGCUGCUCAUGGAUUACAUCGGUAUUAACUUGGCAACUAUGAAUUCAUGUAUAAACCCAAUAGCUCUAUAUUUUGUGAGCAAGAAAUUUAAAAAUUGCUUUCAGUCUUGCCUCUGCUGCUGCUGUUACCAGUCCAAAAGCCUGAUGACCUCGGUCCCCAUGAAUGGAACUAGCAUCCAGUGGAAGAACCAUGAACAGAACAACCACAACACAGAGAGGAGCAGCCACAAGGACAGCAUCAACUAAACAUCUUCAGAAACAUUAAUCAAUAUUCCUUCGAAUCCUAUUGGAGAAAAAAAGUCACACAGCAACGAUGUCUCCUGAAGUCUCUUCUCACAUGGCUCAGUCCCACUCCUGGAAAAUGCUUUCCAAAGCAUCAGAGAGUGGAUUGGUUUAUACCCACAAAUUCAAUGAAUCUGACUUCUUUAAUUUAUCUAACUUACAUAUUCUGCAUGUUAUGUUCAGCACUAAAAAUGGUGAGAGUUGGCAGGGGAAAGGGAGACUGUUAAAUGAAACCAGAAAGAUAUUUACUACUUUUGCAUGAAAAUAGUUUUCAAGUGCAUAACUAGCUUCCAUGGCCGUUCUGUUCAACAUUCGGUGGGAAUGGGUCGCCAUGAAAGUUUGGAGAUUAUGAAAUAGAGAUAUUUUUUAGGUGUUUUGUUUUGUUGCCAAACACAGUAUGGGCUUAAGUCACCUUUAUUUGAGAUGUUAUUCUAUGCCAGUAUUUUUAAACUCAUAGUAGCUUAAAAAUAAUUAUUUGAGCCUAUUAAACAUAUUUUGCAAAAAAAAAGCAAGUAAAACAGUAUUUAGGUGAACAAUUAGGUUAAUAUUCCUCACGUCACUGUUUUUUUCCAACAUAAAUUCUCAAGCUGCGACCAUUGCGGGCACUAAAGCGCAAACUGGUCACCACGCAUGGUGGUUCAAUCGCCACUCUUCGAAGCAUUUUCAAGAACUUACUUUUUUAGUGGUUUUUCAGUACAGGAGAUCCUGAACAUAGUCUUAUGUUAAGUUUUUAAAGUAAUGCUUGAGUCAAAUAGUUCUAUUUUUCAUAAACCAAAUCAUUUUUAUGUCCUUUUGGUAAAAUCAGUAACAUACCCAAAUUUAAAUGUGCAUGUUAUUGAACUAUUCCCAAGACUUUCAGUGCAAUGCAGGGGAGUCUGAAGUACACUUAGGAGAAAAGGACUGAGUAUUUUUAGAAGAUUGGGAAAUUUCAUUGAGGUUUUUUUGUAAUAGUAACAUGUAUAUAUAUGUAUAUACUUAGCUAUCUAUGUACAUUUAUACACAUGUGUACAUACAUACAUAUAUACAUAUAGCAUACAUAUCACUGCAUAUUCUUGUGAUUUGUCUUAAAUGUUAACUGGCAGUAAGACUUUUUUGGCCAUUCCACUGUCCAUAUAGGAAACGUAAUUUCCAAGUGACUGAGUUGAUCACGUCGCUGAAAUGUAAUUACCCCAAAGGCCAUCACAAACGGUGGCUCUUCACUUCUCUGGGUUCCCAGCGUGAACAGCAACACCUCCCCCACUCCCACCCCUCACACGGUCACCAUUUCAAAGGGCCCACAGUGACUUUUGCUGGGCAUUCCCCGAGAUGUUUACAGACUGUGAGUAUAGCAGAAAAUCUUUUACUGUGUGUACAUAAAUAUAUAUAUACAACUAUACAUUUCUUUUAGCCAGGUAUUCUGUUAUUAUCUCUAUGGAGUGUAUUCGUGUGUGUGAUAUCUGCACGUGUGCACUUAUGGGGCGUGUGGACUUACGUAAUCUAACGACAGUGCCCCACACUGGUGCCACGGCGCACACUUUGAGUGGCGUCCAGGUGGUCAUUCAUCAUGCCGAUUGGCCUUGGUCAGUUUUAAUCUAUAUGCUCAUAAAUCUUGUGACUACGUCACCAUUACAAAUGGAAUACGGGAGGCAGCAUGGGAGGGGACGAGCCAUUGGUUAACAAUAAGGUUUUGUUGGUCGGUCGGUUUGGUAAGACAGUAUUUGGGGUUGUAUAAGUUCCUGUGCUAGAGUAACAGUCACUAAACUUGGAACAAUUGUAUUGUCCUAACCCCCAAUCCAGCUUGGUGAUGAGGUCGUCAAGUGGUCAGCUGUUCAGAUCAGACUUCACCAAAGACAUUACUGACGAUGAACUAGCUAAGAAUUUGUUGGGCAACAUUUUCGCACAGUCACAUACAAAAUGUCACCAUUGGCUCCCAGCCGGUCCAGUUGCAGGGCUCGUUAUGUGUAAGCAGUCAAGUCCAUCGCUCCCCUGGCCCAUCACAUGCAAUGCUACCUGCCCAUAAUGUAACCUGUAAGUUCACGCUGUUUUGUUAAGACGAUUGUCUCUUUAUUUAAGAUGCUUUGUCUCUUGCAUAUGAAGAAUGCAUUUGAUAAAUACAGAAAGUCACAGAUUUCUGAAUAACCACACAGGCUUCAAUGUACAUUGUGUCUAUGGACUGAUAAGUAAUCAUGGUUUACUAGUAGGAAUAUUUCUGAUUUCUACUUUUAUCACAUAUUUCCAAGUAAAUGUGUAAAAAUGAGCCAAAAGCCAAGGCCCUGGAUUGGCAGUGGCCUAAAAGUAUAAAAUAAAGUUUACAGAAAACUUGC